AUGGAGGAGGCGGCGGCGGCGCGGGGAGGGGAGAAGUUCCUGGCGGAGGCUCAGCUGUCUCACUACCUCAACGCCCUGCGCAACGAACUCAAAAUCACCUGCGUGGAGCACCUCAAGUAUGUGAAGGAGGAAGACCUGCAGGGCAUCGGCAUGACGCGGCCGGAGAUGCGGCGCCUCAAGAAGUUCUACAAGAAGGAGCAUCCGCAGGGCGCCUUCGACAAGCUCAAAAAGGCCAUUCUGCGAGGAGGUGGUGAUGCAGCAGGACGGUCAUUGAGUCCUUCUCCUCCUGAGCAUCGUGUCUCCCGCCCUGUUUCCACUGUGGUGAGACCUCCAGGCAAACAGUUGAUUCCUGUUGACUCCAUCACCAUCAACAAGAUGCUUGGGGAGGGAGAAUUUGGUGUUGUGCAGCAGGGAGUCUGGACCACUGAGACAGGAGAUAAAGUGCAGGUUGCCAUAAAGUGUCUGAGCAAAGAACGUAUGCAGAACGGCACACAGGAGUUCCUGAAGGAGGCUGGCAUAAUGCAGGCCGUGGACCAUGACAACAUUGUUCGCAUGUAUGGUGUGGUGCUGGACAAGGAGAACUCCCUCAUGCUGGUGACAGAACUGGCACCCAUGCGUUCUUUGCUCGAGUGUUUGAAGGAGCCAUCAUUGCGGCUGGACUUCCCUAUUCCAAAGCUCUGUGAUUUUGCUCAGCAAGUAUGUGAUGGCAUGAGCUAUCUGGAGAGCAAGCGUCUUAUUCAUCGGGACCUGGCUGCUAGAAACAUCCUGGUUUUCUCAAAGAAUAAGGUGAAGAUCAGUGAUCUGGGUUUGUCAAGAGCACUAGGUGUUGGAAAAGAUUACUACCAGAGCACCUUCAAUAUCAAUCUCAAGUUACCCAUUGCAUGGUGUGCACCAGAAUGUGUCAAUUUUCUGAAGUUUACCUCAGCCAGCGAUGUGUGGUCAUAUGGCAUCACUUUGUGGGAGUUCUUCACCUAUGGCUUCCAGCCAUGGGCUGGUCUGAACGGACAGCAGAUAUUAGAGGCUAUUGAUGAACCCUCUAGUCAACGUUUAGAACAGCCAGACUUAUGUUCAAAGGAAUACUAUGCCCUUAUGUGCAAAUGUUGGGAGCAUGACCCUGAGCGGCGACCAACAUUUAGCCAAAUUUUCAUCACCUUGCCACAGAUACGACCAAUUCAGGUGAAAGCUGUCAAGGAUUAUCCCAACCCAGUUGUGGAAAAAGACUACCUAUAUUACAAAAACUACGAUAUUAUUAUUGUUCUAGACAAAAACCCUGCCAAUGCUCCUUCACCAGGCCUGUGGAAGGGUUGUCUUUCUAAUGGCAAGAGUGGUUUUUUUGAUCCUACAAACACUGUAAGCUUUGUGGAGCCCAAGACUAGUCCCAUAUCUUUACCUAAGACCUCAUUGUCACGAAAAGAAUCCAGCCGUAAAUCAAGUCGCAAAUUGCGGGCAGACAUGAUUGGUGCUCCGGAGAAUGAUCUGCGUCAUACUGGUCACAUUGGUUAUGAUGGAGCAGUCUUUGGGGACGUCUCCUUUAUAGGGGACAACUACGAUAAACUGCCACUAAAAGUGGGAGGUAUAGGUAAAGUUGAUGUGAGCAGAGGCUCGUCGCUCUCAUCUCUCCCACACAUCACUGACAGCCCUGAUCGCAAUGGUUUUGUCAAAUCCAGUACUUCAGAUGACUCCCUCAAUAAGCGAGGCACCAAUGGCUAUGGUCACUCAUGGAUAAGCCAAGAGUCACUGACAAGUACACAAACAGAAGACCAAAAUGAGGGUUACUUUGACAUCGAUGAUAACUCAAUCUUUGCAGAUUUCAAAAUGCCUGAUCUCUCGAGCUCUUUUGACCUGGGUCCAUCCUUUAUGGAUGAAGUGCUGAAGGCGUUGGAUGAAAAGGAGAAGCAAGCAGAGGCAGCAAUCUUCUCUGCCUCGAAUGGAGGAAAAUUUGAAGACUCUGUUUUCAGCGACGAUCGAGUGGACCUGGGGGAUAAAACACCUGUGGCUGAAAAAAUACCAUCAUUUGAGGACAAAGGUAGAUUAGAGGAAAAAGUAGGUGAGAUGGACACAGUGCUACAUCAGGCAGCACCACCCCCUCCUUUGCCUACCCAACCUCCACGUGUGGAAAGCACUCGAGAGAAGAAGCAGGCCAAGGUUAAACCCAUGUCAGCCUCAGAGGAGAAAAUGAUGGAAGACGCCAUCAUCCUUGCCAACGAAUGUGCAACAACACAACAACAGAGGCAUAGUCAAAGCCAGAGCCCUCCCCGCAGCCCCACAGAGUCUGAGGAUACCAAAAUUGAACCACCAGAACAUGCUAUCGAAGCAUCACCCAGCCUCAUCACAAAACUGAAAAAUUCUAUACGUCGAAGCCCCAAGGCCGAGCGAAAAAGGACUUUUUCUGAUGACUUGCCUCCUAAAGUGGAGCUUGACGAGGAUGUACCUCUGAGUGCUCAAGAGGCGUACAACAUUUUGGUCAUGGGUGGCUCCAGAAGAGACAGUAGCAACGAUGACCAUUCAAGUGCUGAGAGAGUAUCUGUAUCAAGCGAUGUAGUAUUCACCAGUGAUCCUUCUGAUGUUGUUCCUAGUGAGCAAGCACCUCCUGUUGCUCCUUAUGUCAAGUCCAGAUUGGUGAACCCUUCUCCCCAGCCCAGACCUAUGCCCAAGCCUCGGACAGACUCUUCCUCUAAAAAGUCAGAAAUCCCAGUUCCCAAACCCCGACCAGAAAUCCAACGAGUUGAACCCAUCAGGCGACCCCCAGAUUCUCCAGACUUGCCACUGAAGGAGGAAAAAAGGGAAUCUCAUAUUCCAGUGGUAGUUUCUCGCAAGGAGAGUUGGUCCGAUGCCAAAGAAAGGGAACGGGAACAGCUAAAGAAGACAAUUGAGAUUGUCCGAGUGGAUUCCCCAACAAAAGAGGAGCAGUCAGUGAUGCAGCUGUCAGGUGGAGAGGAAACUGAGACCAAGGAGUCCACACCUGAGCCUGAUUCAGAUUCAAAUAAAUUCUCUGCUUCUUCCACAGAUGGCCGGGAUUCUUCUCCAAAAGUGAUGUCCCUUUUUGAUGAUGAUUUCAGUGAACCAUCACCAAGAGAGAUUAUGUCAAAACUCGCACGCGAGAGCCGCAUGCGACGAAACCUUGACCACCAGCGAGUUCUUUCUGGCGAGAAUCAGGAUUGCCAGGCUGCUUCUGUGACUCGUGUACGCCGUGAACCACAGGGCAUUCCAGGCAAAACUGCUUCUGUCAUAAGUGCAAGCAGUGAAGAUGGUGAUAAGGACAGUGACGAAGUUGACACCAACCCUUUGCGAAUGCUGCGUGGUGGUGCCAUACCCAUCCGGGCAGGCCGCGGAACAUCAGGUAUGAGCUCUUCUACGAAACAGUCAUCUUUGCGCUAUCCUAAACUCAAUUUCUCCAGCAGCGUUUCCAGGAGCCUGUCCACCGAUGAAACGACCAUCCCUCCUUCCUCCACGUCGCCAGAGCCGCCUUCUUUGCCCCCUCGUGCCCGCAGCACCAGUGAGGAGUGCACAGAUGAUGCCAAAGGUGCCAGGAGAGAUGCAGGGACCAGUGAUGCUCCAUCUUUGCCACCAAGAACCCCGCUUCGGCAGUUCAGCAUGCCAGCACUGAAUACUCGCCCACGGGAACGCAAGCAUCCUCUUGUUUACUGCAAAGACCCCCCUACUUCAUUGGCUGCCAGCAUGGCCGCCACUACCAACACCAACAUACACUCCGCUACAUUCACUGCAUCUGCUACACCGAGAAUCUCUUCCUACCCUUCUUCUGUUGCUUCCCCAGCCCCUAGCUCAGUGUCGUACGUGUCUCGUGCCACUUUUGUUCGCUCCUCUUCCUUGCAUGACAAGCCUUCCCAGUGUGAGGUACAGUUGCCGGCCUCUCGGCAUAGGCCCCGCCCCCUCACCCUCGCUCCCCACUCUCCCAGGCAAGCCCCAAGCAUGCCACCUUCCACCAUUGCAGAUCAUGAGUAUUGUGGCGUGGAUAUGGCUGCACUUGAUGCUAGUGAUAGCGAUAACGUGUUUCACCCUAACAGCCAUGAUGGCCCUGCUAGCCCAUCAUCUUUGGCCAGCCCCUGCUACCUUUCGUCUAGGGAGCACAGGUCCCAGCUGGGGGGCAAGUCAUCUGGGGGAGCCUCCCGGGCCAAGUUUGCCCCCCACAACGUUGAAUGUAGCCUAGAGCAGCUAGGCUUCUAUAACCAACAGGACCCAUUUUGGGUACAAACAGUCUCUCUCUCUGACGUGCUUGAGCGAACCCAUUCCAGCAACGCUUCCCACAGCUCGGAGGAGGUCUCACCUCUACUGCUGGUAAACUACAAGAACUCGGAUAAUGUCAGCUAUGAAGACUUGCUUGACUUUGGCCUGGAUAGCAGGGAGAAGAACUGCGAAGAGGUAGAAACUCUACAGAAAGUACUUGACAGUGAGGUGACUGCUGCUGAGUGCAGAAGGGCACUGGAAGAGACACGGUGGGACCUAUGUCAAGCCAUCAAGUACAUCCGCCUCAAACAGCUGCUGUCAUUACACCUGGCUGAUGUACAUACCUGCAAAAGAGCUCUCAUGGCAUCUGCUUGGGAUGUGCAUCGUGCAGCAGAUCUGCUGUUGCAGCAGGACCAUCAACAGCAGCAUCAGUGGUACCAACAGCAGCCUCAACAGCAUUUGCCCUCUAGCCCGGAAUCACUGGAUGUUUAAUCUUCAUACUUGUGAUGUACAUAAACGCAGUCAUAUCAUAGCAUGCAUGUAGAAGUGACAGUUUCUUCCAUUUGCAACGAAAGAUCCACAGUUAGUUUUGAAUGGGAGCAUCUUUUUGAUGGUGUCUUCCAUCAACAACUUUUGCAUCGGAGAGAUAUGGAAUAUGUAUUAGAACUAGCCACAUAGAAUAUUUGGCUGCUGACGUAUAUGACUUCACCAGUGGUAAUCCUAAAGGAACAUCCUGUAAUUGGGAAUCCUGAGCAGUUUGCAUUUGGGAUGUUGCCCUCAAUAUUCUUCCUGCCACAGUGAUCUUACUCUGGCUUGGUUCUGCUGGUCUGUGCUUCUCCACUUUCCCAUUGGUGUGAAGGAACUAAUAGCAUUGGAAUGACUAUUGACAGGAUUUCAGAGAAAUCCAUCAGAUAAUGGCGUUUUUAUUAACUUGUAGAAAAAAGAACUGGGAUGAGUGUUUGAUUUUAUUUUACUUAAUGUUGUAGAAAUAAACACAUAGUGGUUUGGGAAGAUUCUUCUCCUUGACUUAGGUUCAGAUUUAAUGUGUUUUAAUGGAUGAUUUUUUUUUUUAAAUUAAUGGAUGUGAAUGGAUAUAUUUUCAACUUGCAACUGAAAACAAUUCCUUUCUUAAAGUUUCGCCAUAAUUUUGUUUUGAAAGGUUUUGUUCUUUCUGUAGUUUAGUAUAAUUUGUGUUUGAAAAAUGUGUGCAUUGCUGAAGCAUUCAGCACUAGAGAAAACUACAUUUUUCUUUCCCCAGGCCUGUUAUACACAAUUUUAGGCUAUUUUCUAAUAUUUUACAAGCACAAACGGCAAGCAUAGCAUUCCCAAAGAAGUCCAGCUGCUCAAUAUAUUUUUUUCAGCUAUUAAAAAUACAUUCACAACCAAGUUUUCAGUGUUUAAACGCAUUUCAUUGUAUUAGGCAUAUGUGUGCAGUUAAACUGAUUUGAAGUGUGUGGACAAAAUUAUAACAUAAGCAUCAUUUAACAAAAACCAUUAAACAAGAUGUUAAAGUAUACAACCCCUUUAAACAUAUUUUAGAAUCAUUUAAUAUGUUAUUGAUCUUACUGGUUUAAGGCAAAAACCUGUAGUCUAAACACUGACAUGCAUAGCAUGUGGAGAGUGUCUGCUUCAGUUGACUUACAUUCAUUACUUUGUUGCACAUGCAGGCAAAUAAAGGCAUGUCACCUGUGUACCCAACUCUAACUUAUAAUGGCUAUGCCAUUUUAUGCUAAAAGCUUCAUUUGUUUGACCUGUUUAAAGUUCAUCUGUGUACAGUACAACUUAGCUAUUAGAUGAUGCAAAAUAUCUCCAAACAUUUUGUCAUUUUGUCAUAUCUCGUUGGAUAUGUUCCUUUUCAAAGACUAAACUUUCACCAGUACUUGAGCUCCUUACUAUAUCUCUAUAUUCAGAUCUAUUUCUGUGCAGAUUUCAUCUUACUCAAUUUAACUGUUUUGGCUAUACACUUAACAGCACACUUUUAAAUGUUUCAGGGUCAACCUUAUCUAAUAAUCUCAUAUUGAUUUUAAUUAUAUGCAUCUUUAUCUUUUGCUAUUGCUCUGGUGUACAACACUUUUAAACAGUUAUCCACAGGCUGCGUGCUCAUGAUAUGAGGUUGUGCGUGGUGCUUAUGCAAAGUAGCAAGCUCAGUAAAGUGCCUGGGAUAUUGCCUGCAUAAUUGUUGAAAAUCGUCUGACAUGCAUUAAUUGCCUAUAUGUUCUCUUAGUAGUUGCUUUUUUGUUUGGUUGUUUAUAUGCUGCCAUUUCAAAGGUCUACUUUCCCUUUUCUUUCUCUCACAUACACCUCUCAUUUCCCUACACCUCUCUUGCUUUUCUCUUGUGUUCAGAUACACUUUCUCCCACUCACACACCCCCCAGCCAGCACAUUGAUGUUAUAAACAGAAUACCAUAUACAAAAGUGAGAGACUAAGUUUUUACAGAAGUUGAUGAUAGACUUCCUUAAUCUUACCGCAGUGACUGUUUCUUGGUCUCUGCAUAAACAGAUUUUGAAGGAUACAAACUGGUGAGAAGAAGAUUGUAAAGUGACUGUAGGAAUUUUUUCUGCUUUUGGUGGCAAUAUGGGAACAAAGAGAAUGGUUUGACCUAUGAAGAUACAACCAGAAUUUUUUUUUUUAUGUUCAUUCAUAAAUCCCACACCUUCACAUUGUUCUGUCCACAAGGCAUGUUCUUAUGGUGUAGAUGGAUUUUGUCUUUUAUUUCUCUUUUUUGCGUGUAAUAUCUGAUUGUCGUACAUUGUGCUGAUGUAGAGUAGCACAGUGUAAUCUGUAGUGUACAUAAUAUCUAAGUAUACAUAUACACACUUGAACAGCACUGCAACUUAUAUUAGACUGUAAACAUGUGUAAAGCAGCACUGUAAAGUUUAUCUUUUGCCAAGCUGAUGUAGUCAUUUAUGUUUUGAUGCAGUAUUGCUUGUGUUGGCCAUGUUCACUUUUGUGCAAUACAGACUUCCUGAUUUAUUGAUAUAUUUUGUUACUUUGUUUUAUCAGAUGAUGUGUUUAUUAUUUCGAUGAAUAUUUGUAGACCACUUUCCACAUAAUAAACCUACGGCUAACAUAAAAACUCUUUCCUUUGAGGGUUCUGCUUGAUGAUGAUCAGAUAUGUGUAGUCACUAGCUGACAUCAGUGGCAUCAGUUGAUCCGUUAAAAAACAUUUGUUGCAUUAGGCUCAGAAAGAGAGUGAGAAUAUGUGUAUAUGUGUAUGCUUCCAUGUUUAGAUGUAAUUUUUCGUCAGGUUUUUUUUUUUUUUUGCAAAAGGGGUGGGGGGGGGUUGGUACAUGAAGAUGAUAACCUGUUUUAAUUCUGUAAUAUUGUUUUGGUUUUGUUUUGGGUUUUUUUUUUUUUUAUCACAUCCAAAAUUUUAAAAAAAUCACAAAUUUGAUUUUGUCACUCAUGUCUACCUGUGUACACCUGCUUUGAUAAAGAAGAAAACUUUCAGAUUAGGAGUUUAUGAUCACUCACAAACACACCAUUGCUUUAUUUUUGUUGGGGGGGAGGGGUGUAGAGGUUUUGGGUUAGUGCUGAGUGGUUUGAAAGAUUCUGGUUUAAAGAAACUGUGGUUAUACUGUAUGGUGUUUAAUAAGUUACGUGAUGAGAUGCAGUCUAUGUAUGCAGCUUGUGUGGUGGUAUAGUCAAUGACCAGGAUGAAUGUUAAAAUCCUGCAGUUUUGUUUGUUUUUAUUCUAAUUGCAUCAUCAUGUUUGUUUCUGUAAGCAGUUUUCAACUAAUAGUUCAUUUUCUAAUAUUUAUACAACAAAAGCAUUGCAUUAUGUGAAAGCCAGUUGCCUUUCUUCCAUAAAUAUUCUACCCUUGGCUUUAUUUGGCAGGGUAGGGGGAGUAGAACUUAAUGGGUACUGCAUUUUUCUUAUCAGCUGUUGCAAAGACCAGACAUUUCUGUAUGGACACAAUUUAAAAGAUUUUCUGCUCUACUCUUUUGAUGUAAAUAGUACGCAAAUCAGUAUAAAUGAAUGUGUGUGUCUACACAUGUAUGUAUGUGAUACGUGCUUUAUUAUCAAGUUUUAUUUUUAAAAAAACGAAGUUCUGUUAAAUUCUUUUGAAAAUUGUUUUCUUACCUUUUGCCAUACUCAGUACCGUAUUUCCUGUCAUGCCUGAUGUACACAUGCCCAUAGCCUGAUAGUACCAUCUUUUACCUUAAUCAUAUCUUCUAAUCUCCUACAACGGGAAAUACCUUUAUGUUUGUGGUCCAUUUUAUGCUUUGCCGUUGUUUUGUACAUAAAGACAGUGCUGUGUGCUA